UUUUUGCUCUAUCCAAACGUUUCCGAUCCCAUCCGAUCCAAUCCGAUACGAUACGAUCCGAUCCCAUACGAUACAAAGCCAGCGGAUUCGAAAGUUUUACACCGCGUGCAGCAGAAGCAGCAACAACAGCAGCAGCAAAAAAGCAACAGCAAUAACAAUUCAGUGAACGACGGAAACGGAAAGUAAAAGCCCCGAUCACGACCAGAUUCAAAGGCAGACAGACAUGGCCGAUACAAUCAACAACAAGCCGAGCAUACAGAUCCGCAGCGGACUGCCCUCGCCUCUGCCGGACAAGAGCCCGUCGCCGGCCACCAAGCUGCUGAUCAGCCAUGGCAAGCCAAACUUCACCAUCGCCAAGUCGCCGAAGGUCGACGAGAACGGAAACGGAAACCCACUGUCCGCCCAGCCCAGCGCCAACAACAACUACAACGCCUACAAGAGCGCCAACAGCAGCGUGGCCAACAGCCAGAAGUUCAUAGUGGGCACCAAGUUCAACGGGGUCUUCAAGCCCUCGAAUGCGGCGGCCACUUGGGCCACCAAUGGAAGCGCCAAUGGCAAUGGCGCCGCGGAGUCGGAGAACGAGGUGGCCAAGGUCGUGCUGCGACGACCCAAGCUGGCGGACUCGCCCCCACCCGCCGAGGGCGAGGACGAGAUCGUGCCGGAGUUCAUCAGGCGCCAGCGACGCAUCCAGGAGCGUCUGGCCAAGGAGAACGUGCUGGACUUUGAGAGCCGGCGCAGCGGCUACUUCACGCACGUUAUGAUCUCGCCGGACUCGCCCAAUCGCACCUCGUUCGUGGAGACCAUGGCCAGUCCGGCCAUUGUACCCGCCCUCGAGAUUCCCGCUCCAGUGGCCGAGAAGGUGGAGGAGGAGGAGAAGGUGGAGGCACAGCCUCAGGUGGCUGCUGUAACCACCUCUGCCCUCAUCACUGAACCCGAACCAGAGGCCCCUGUUAGCAAUGGACACAGUGAGGAGCCAAAGAACUCUGACGUGGCGCCCGAGGAGGUGGCCAAGGCCAUUGAGCAAGUUAACCAGGCAGUGGCAGGAGAGGAUGAGGCGGAGGUAGAAGCCACCCCUGAGCCAGUUCCAGAACCUACUCCAGAGCCAGUGGCAGCCGAACGAAAGGCGGAGGCCGUGGUAGAGGAGCCCACUCAAGCUCCCGCUCCCGUGGAAGCCAAGGUGGAGGUGGUGGAGCCAGUUGCUCCCGUGCAAAAUGGCCAGAAGGAGGAGGAGAAGGCUGUUCCUGCCACAAAUGGCCAUAAGGAAGAGGAGGCUGUUCCUGCCACCAAUGGCCACAAGGAGGAGGCGGAGGCCAUUACCAUUUCGCACACCAACGGACAGAGUAGCAAUGGACCCAGCAUACCCACUCCGGAUCCCAGUGGAGCCCUGGGAGUGAACUACGAACCCAAGACCGUGGUCAGCUUCUCGCAGGAAUUGGGCAGCGGGGAGAACAAGUAUCCGGAUACCGUGAAGGUGGUCAGCGAGGUGCCCGCCGAAUCGAAUGGCGAGCUCAAGGAGCUGACCAAGCUGAAGUUCGACAUCCAGAGCGACGAGCAGAACGAGGUCCAGGUGACGCCCGUGCUGCGGGCGGAAUAGAAGAUCGGCGGAUCAGGAUGAGGAGUAGUGCAAUUUGUUUGUUAAACAAGAAACCAUCAACUAUAUUGUGUUGUAUUUUGUGUUAGCUGCUAAGUUGAUUACAAGAAAUGUUGCCAAAUUUAAUUUUAUGCUUCGCGCAUCAGUCAGUAUCGAGAAUGGAGUUGGAGUCGGAGUUGGACUUGGAGCUGGAGCUGGAGUGCCUAACCCCCCAUAGAGCCACCCAUGGAGGCCCGGUCCCCAAAGCGUCUUUUCGGGACUAGCUAGACCAAACUACGUGUAUUGCAAUAGACACUAUUUGCUUUAUUUAAAUAAAUUAUUAAUUAAUAUUGAGAA